UUACUCCACCGGUACAACGCAAGUCGACUCGGAGUUUCAUGUUGGCGAGGAAGUCGGGACACUGGGGACGACCUUGUUGCUUUUUGGAUUCGGUACGCCUACGCCCUUCCACUGUCACUUGCAACCAUCCUAUGAAGGGGUUUUCAGGAUUGGCUAACAGACGAACAGGCCUCGGCCCGCUGAUCUGGGCGCCCAUCUCCGAAGUCUACGGCCGCAAACCUGCCGUGCUGGCCCCCUACUUCAUCGCCGCGAUCUUCUCCUUCGGCACCGCCACCGCCAAAGACCUGCAGACCGUGAUGCUGACCCGCUUCUUCACGGGCUUUUUUGGGUCUGCCCCGGUCACCAACACCGGCGGCGUGCUCAGCGACAUCUGGACGGCGGAGCAGCGCGGCGCGGCGAUCGUGGGCUACGCGAUGGCCGUCGUCGGCGGGCCCGUACUGGGGCCCAUCGUCGGCGGGGCGAUCACGCAAAGCUACCUCGGCUGGCGGUGGACGCAGUACAUCACGGGCAUCAUGAUGAUGUUCUUCCUCGCUCUCGACCUACUCUGUCUGGACGAAACCUACCCCCCGGUCCUCCUGGUGUACAAAGCGCAACGCCUGCGCUUCAGCACCGGCAACUGGGCCUUACACGCGCGCCACGAAGAAUGGGACGUGACGCUGCGCGAACUCGGCAACAAAUACAUGAUCCGUCCCUUCGCGCUCCUGACCACGCCCAUCUGCUUCCUCGUGGCGCUCUACGCCUCCUUCGUCUACGGCAUCCUCUACCUCAGUCUCGCCGCCUUCCCCAUCGAAUUCCAGCGCAUCCGGGGCUGGAACCCCGUCAUCGGCGCCCUGCCCUUCCUGGCGUAUCUGAUCGGCAUCCUCUGCGGCGCCGCCAUCAACCUCUUCAACCAGCGCUUCUACGUCCGCCGCUUCAAGGCCAACGGCAACCGCCCCGUCCCCGAAGCCCGGCUCCCGCCCAUGAUGCUCGGCUCGGUGUUUUUCGCGGGAGGGUUAUUUCUGUUCGGCUGGACCGGCACCCUCAAGUUUCACUGGAUCUGUCCCUGCAUCGGGGCCGUGUUCAUGGGCUUCGGGUUCUUCACCAUCUUCCAGGCCGCCCUCAACUACCUGAUCGACACCUUCCAGGCGGUCUCGGCCAGCGCCGUCGCGGCCAAUACCUUCAUGCGCAGUCUCUUCGCGGGCUGUUUCCCCCUGUUUGCGAAUAUCAUGUUCACGAAGAUGGGGGUGCCCUGGGCGGCGAGUGUGUUGGGGUUCGUGGCCGUCGCGUUGAUCCCCAUUCCCUAUCUGUUUUAUAUUUAUGGGAAGCGCAUUCGGGCGCGCGGGAAGUGGUCGCGCGCUUCGGUUUAUGAUUGAUUCUUCUUCGUUUCUCCAGUUGGGGAUGGUGUUUGGGGAUUGGGGUUAGGUACGGGGGUGAGUUGUUCGGCAGCACAGCUUCUGGUCUGGAAACUGAGUUGUGAUUUGUGAUACCUCUGAUGAAGGACUUGGUUGGAUUUGUGUUUUGUGUUUUGUCUCUACUUGCAUGACGUGUAUAUAUGCAUACGACAUGAUCGGGGAUGUUGGAUACCCACUUUCGUUCUUACAUGAUAAUGUUAGUCACUAAUAGAC